AAUUGUUCAGUCUCUCUAAGCAUCAAUGACUAGUUCUAACAAGAAGCUUGAAGUUCAAACAGAAGAUCAAACUCCACAUAAAUGGUGUGUUUCACUAGGAGAAGAGAUUUUCAAAAGAUUCUUCAGCCAGACUAAUCCAACAGUGCAUAAGGUUUUUGCUGAUGGAUCACUUUUCAGUCCAAUGCUAUUUGGGAAGUUCUUUGAUCCUUCUGAUGCCUUCCCUCUGUGGGAGUUUGAGUCAGAUGUUUUGUUGUCUCAUCUAAAGAGUUCCAGCCAAAGCACUGUGGAUUGGCAUGAGACAGAUGAAGGCUACAUACUAAAAGCAGAAAUACCAGGAACUGGGAAAAAUAACAUUCAAGUCCAUGUUGAUAAAGGGAAGGUUGUGGAAAUUAGUGGACAGUGGAAGCAGCAAAGAGACUCAAGUGAUUGGAGGUGUGGCCAUUGGUGGGAAUAUGGAUAUGUACGAAGGCUUGAGAUGCCAGAGGAUGCAGAUUGGAAGAAUAUAGAAGCAUAUAUAUAUAAUGACAUAUUUUUAGAAAUACGAAUUCCAAAGAGCCAACAGGCUUGUGAUCUUUCUCAGGGAAAGGAUGUGGCUUAACCAAUUGAAGAAGCAGUUUAAAUUCAAGAGAAUAACAGGUUAGAGCUACUAGAGUUUGUCACAGUCUAGUAGCAACUUCGAUGCAAAUUGAUAUCAAACAUUUUAAAAGUUAUAACUCUCAAGUAUAAACCUAAUAUCAGUCAGCAUGAGAAGGAUGAUGUAAAACAUAUAUAGAUAUAUAUCAAAAGAAGGGAAUAAAAAGAAAAUUGAGAUGUAUAAAAUGCUGUGUUUUUUUUUUUUUUAAUAUUAAGCUGUUUAUUAAUUGUUAUUUGAUUGACAGUGAUCAUUGAAAGAACAGAGCAAAGGACUUUACUUAUAUAGUAAAGUUGGGAGGAAUAUGAGGAAUAACCAAUGCAAUAUCAUGUCUAAAAUCCUGAUCUCCAUCCUCUUCAACUACCACAGCAUAAAUUUCCUUUGAGAGUUUCAAGUUUCAGAGAAAAUACAUAGAAAAAAAGUUGAAAACGUCUUUACCGUUACAUGCGAAGAAAACAAGGAACAUUGUUUCAGUGCUAGGUAUAAAAUAGUGGGUCUUGUUUUGUUUCUGUAGAAACACAACAAAUUGGUGAGAAUCAUUUGAAAAACAGUAAAGAAGACAGAGUCUGUGUAUAAGCGAAGACCAAUCCCCAAUUUUCAGAAGAACAGGCAACAAAAUAGCAUUUGAUAACACUACCAAAAUUUUAUGCACUAGAAGUUACAUAAACAUUUGUUUCAUCAUGCGUGCAGGGAACAUGAUGCAAUAGAUAAAGUAGGUACUUACUCAUUCUUA